CGAAAACGGUGCAGUGCCCAUUGUUGACCAUUGUUUGAGUGUGGUUUUUUGUUUGUGUUGUGUGGCGUGACCCGUGAUUUUCCAAGCCCAUCCAGGUUGGCGUGUGGGCGAUCGUGUUUGUUUCCGCAAAUCCCUAGUGUUCCGGUCGCGGGGAACUGAAGUCCCGCAAACUGGUGACGCCUUUCCGGCGAGUGCUAACCAUGGUGCGCAAGGAGUGCCACGGAGUGUUGAAUUAAUUGAAAUCUGUCCGCGGUAGGUGUGUGAAUAGCAAAGUUCAUCGGCUCCCGUGUCUACCGGUGGUGGUUGGGUCGAAAAGAGCAAACAAAAGAUAGGCAACUCGUCACUACCAUGGCUUCUACGAUGCAGCUGGAAUUUUCGCAGGCCAUGUCCGAUUUUAAGAAUAUGUUUCCGGAAAUGGAUCGAGAUGUGAUCGAGGCCGUGCUGCGUGCCAAUCAGGGGGCUGUCGAUGCCACUAUCGAUCAGCUGCUGGCGAUGAGCACCGACAAUCAGAACGAAAAGUUGCGCAACGAACUGGAGACCGAUGGGAGCGGUGCGAAACAUAGCAAUCAGGGCGAACCGCCGCUGCUGGAUCUUUCCGGUGGCGACACCGGUGCGGAGCGAUUUCUUAGCACCUCACCAAACGCGACUGUCGCCAGCUCGAUUGCGCAACAGCUGGGCGCUUCGCCAAAAGUGCGCAAACCUACCACGGUCGGCGGUGCUGGAGUUCGAGUUGCCGGCAGUGCCACAAAUAGUCCCAGACUGCACCCGCCCCAGCCGGCAGUCGGUGAUGCGGCCCAAGGGGAACGAUCGUCGGCGGCGGGUGCGGCCAGUCGCCGCUGGAAUCCACCACUGGUCGGACCGUUACCACCGACGUUUCUGCGCCUCGGCGGAACGGCCGGGGCUAGUGGUACGAUCGGUCCUGACGGUACCUACCGCAGCACCGAGUUCGAUCUCGGGGACGAGCAGUUUGCGAUGAUGCUGCAGAACGAGGAGUUUAUGGCGGAGCUACGGUGGAAUCAGGAGUUCCUGUCCGCGCUCGAAAAGGACCACCAAGGUAAGGUACAGGACGAUGCUGCGUUUAAGGAGCGGUUGCGCCACAUGGGGAAGGUUUCCAGGAAAAAGUUCGCCCAGCUGGCGCGCGUCUUCACCUGGCAGCGUGGCACCAACAAGAAGGCCAGCGCCGUGCGGCAUCCCGAUUCGCUGCUGCUGCAGGAAGAACACAGCGAUGACGAUGAGCCGAAGCGUGCAGGCAAAAAGUAGAACGUUGCGAUGGCCGUUUGAGGCGGAAGUGUAACGUGACGGCCGUGAACGGAAGGAUACGAAGGCAGAAGCGAAUGCCUUCUCAAAGCUACCGUUUCUAGAGGUUUACUUUCUAAUUCUGUUUUUUAGUGUGUAGUGAAAGUUACCGAUAACCCGGAAUUACGCAAUGAACGAGACUGUGUUUUCCCUUCCCAGGCCUUUUCUCAACCAUUUUAAACGCCAUCCCUCCGGCAGGCAGGCAGGCAGGCGGUGGGCACCGACUGGAUAUCAGACUUAUGAGUAACAUUCGGAGGAUGGUAAUGUCGAUGAAUGAAUGCGUCCAACGCGGAAUUGGAGUGUACGGGUGUGCGUAUGUGUGCAUGCUUAACUUAGUGUGGUUGUCACUCCCGCGGUCACCCUGAAUUGGAAGCGCUCCGGCCAAUUAUGUCCUUUUUAUGUUGAACUUUAUGUUCGAUUCAUUUCGACUGAGGUCGUUUCUGUAUUAGUUUAGCAAACCUUUUGAUGUUCUACUGUGUUUAGUGCCAUUAUGAACCGGCACGGACGGAACCCGGACGGGUGCUUGAGAAUACUGUUUUGUAUUUGAAUGACUAAAUUAAUGAUAUGUUGUAGUAUUAUUCUGCCACUACCGUUUUAUUCGCAUUACUGUAAACGCAUUGCCAAUCUAUACGCAGAAAACUAUGUGCUAGGUUAUACACGAAGAAAGUGCAAUUACUUUGUUUUAUAUUUAUUUUUAAAUGUUAGUUUUUGGGGCGACUCUACUUGAAGUUCCGUGUCGUCUUUCCAUUCAAACGGAUCCUACACACACAUAGCUACCUAUUAAAAUAUAUUUAAACGAAAGGCAGUUAGGGUAGAGAGACAAACGAAUAUAACAACAAACCAUACAAAAUCAACAAACGAUUAACAUUGUGAAAGCAAAGCCAAUGGUACUAGUCAUAACGAUAAACAAAAUGGGGAAGAAACGGGGAUGGAAACGGGGUCGGUUUGUGGCAAACCGCAGACGGGCCACAAUGUCAGACUGGAGCUGGAUUCAAACCAUACACAUUUUAUCGCAAUCGCUGGUGCAAACAGGGAAAGAACUCGAAAUUGCACUAAUCGAACCUCAACUCGCAGUUGCAAAUCUCAUUUUUACGCCAUACUAUCGCCUACGGCGUGCAUUUGUGUGGGGAGCCUAAGCAAAGUGCGUGCAAUAAUACGUAAACAGGAUCUGUUACGAUGUCGAAAAGCUUGGUAAGCCACAAAAACACUCAAUAAUCGCAGAGAACCGCAGGGAGCAAGCAGAAUUAACAAGCAAUCUCAGCGCUAGAAUCUGUGCAAAUUAUAAAAUUCCUUAUGAAACGCGAAACCAAAUUGUACUCUACUAUUCCUAUUGGUUUGAGUAUGUGUUUAGCUAAGUAGCAAUGCCGUGGUUAAACGUGAUAAACGGUGCCGUUUUGUUAGUGUUACGAGUGAAAGCAAUUAUUUUUCAACUAUUAUUUAAGCCCAUUAGCUCACAAAGGAAACCCUCAGCCGCUGGCCAACGCGCCGAUUUUGCUUUGGCAAAGAUUAAGUUGAAACGUAGAGGAUCACUUCGCCCAUCGUAAUGAUCGUGUUUAGUAUCACACAAAGAGGUAGUGGUUCUGGCCCCGCAACUCAAGCAUAGGGAGUGGUAACACAAUUGAACACCAUAAACAGCUACACUUUAGAAGAAUCCACCACCGGUUAAAUGAAAAUGUUGCAACAGAAUUAAACAACAAAACAGAAACUUUAAAAUAGACUUAAAAGGGUGAAGAAAAUCGGUGCGACUGAGAUAACGGGGGGUUGGUAGUCGGAACAGAACACAGCGGACACGGGGCAAACCGAACAAACUGGAAACUGGAAAUCUCCACAAUAUUAUUAGCUAUAGAGAAAAUGCAUAGUAAUAUCCCCGUAAAACCAAACUAAUGAUAAAAAACGACCCAAAAAAGAUCUUUCUGCAAAACGUGUAAAUCUCGUGCUUAACGCCAGUCGCGUUGGGUACCACUAAACUAGAUGGGAAUGGUUCUAGAAGCACGCAGUUCAAGAUCGAUCGAUCGGUGUGUGGAGAGGUGAAACAAAUACAUGUUAUG